GUGUUGGGUUUGAACCUGGACUUUUCUGCAGCAGGGGCAUUAGCAGUGAUGGGGGCAUUUCCCCGUCCGUCCAUCCACUUAUGAGCACGUGUCCAAGUGCUGAGGUGUUCUUACGCUCUUGUGUAAACAUUAACCAGAGCCGGGUUUGAAAUGAAACCUGCUACUUUUUGAGGAGCUCUUAAGAGAAAAGUAUGCGAUUUUUUUUUUUUUUUUUUUACUCUCUCUGUUUACUCAUAUUCACAAAAACAUGAAUUUUGAGAUGAAACUUUUACAUUUCACUUCACUCGUCUUAUAGCAGCAGAUAAUCAUGUUUAGUGGUCUUCACAUUGUUGUCAUUGUCCCAGUGUUUGUUUCUUAUCAUUUCUCUGCAGACAUAAUUACCCUAAGUGAGUUUAAAGUCGAGCUUUAGGGCCAAACUGUCGGCAGUGUCAACAAACAGUGAAGAGAGGCUGCCAUUAAUGCAUCAACCCGGUCAGACAUUGCUUGUGGGAGGUGUGUUCCACCCCUCUCUUCCCCCCUCCACCUCUCAAAUGUCAUCUAAGUUAUGCUGCAGAUAUCAGCAGAGGCCAUAUAAGAAGCAAGCAAUGAGGUCCGCCUGCUAAAACCCCACUCUGAGCUGAAGGCGUGAGGAAGCCAGCAGACGCACAAAGCUCUGUCUUCACUUCUAACCUGGACACAAGAGGACUCGUUUGCACUGGACAAUAUGCUGUUCUGCCACUCACAGCCUGAGUCCUACCACCAGCACUCUGCUGGUUUCAUUAGAGAGGCCAUAGCACCUUUCCUGACAAAUGAAGACACGAGACUUGUGGCAGAAACUGCCAUAAGUACCAAGCGGAGUCCGUUCCAGUACAUUCUCUGUGCAGCCACCUCACCGGCUGUGAAACAGCAGGACGAGACUCUCACUUAUCUCAACCAAGGUCAGUCCUACGAAAUCCGUAUGCUUAACAGAAAACUAGUGGAGUAUACAGAUAUAAGCAGCAAAUAUGUAAAGAGCAUUGUGCGCGUGGUAUUUCAUGACCGUCGGCUGCAGUACAUGGAGCACCAGCAGCUGGAAGGAUGGAGGUGGAACAGACCUGGAGACCGAAUCCUGGAUAUAGAUAUCCCUCUGUCAGUGGGGAUACUUGAGCCUCGUUCUCAUGCUCUGCACCUCAACACCUUCGAGUUCCUCUGGGAUCCCGUGAAGAAUGCUUCAGUCUUCAUCCAGGUCAACUGCAUCAGUACUGAGUUCACCCCAAGAAAGCAUGGUGGGGAGAAGGGGGUUCCCUUUCGUAUCCAAGUCGACACUUUCACGACCAACGAGCAUGGGGAGUACAUGGAGCACGUCCACUCUUCCAGCUGCCAGAUCAAAGUCUUCAAGCCUAAAGGAGCUGAUCGAAAACUGAAGACAGACAGGGACAAGAUCGAUAAAAAGACGUUCCAGGACAGAGAAAAGUACCAGCCGUCCCAUGAGACCACGCUGCUGAAGGAGUGUUCACCUUGGCCCGACGCACUGAACCUGACCACCCACAGCAGCUGCAGCACCCCAUCACCAGUUUACCACAGUUCACCAACAUCUUGCACUUUCACAGAUGAAGGAAUGAGCAAACAACUGAACCAAUCACUCCAACCUGGUUUUUCUUCCUCAUGUGCAUGUUUCUGUAGCAACUGUUCUCCAAACCAGCAAGGGGAGCUGCUCAUGGCCGGCUGCUCUGAUCACCUUCUGCCAUCGUCCUCGCCACAGAACACUCUGGAGUGGCUGCAUCGUCACAGGUUCUCCUCUUUCUCAAAGCUCUUCACCAGCUUCUCAGGUGCUGAUUUGCUGAGGAUGAGCAGGGAUGAUCUGAUCCAGAUCUGUGGCCCAGCAGACGGCAUUCGUCUCUUUAACACAAUGAAAGGAAGGUGUAUCCAGCCUCGUCUGACCGUCUACGUGUGUCAACAGCAGACCAGGGGUCAAGCUCCCAUCAAACCAGGGGGCGGAGACAUCUACCAUGCUCUGUACCUGGAGGAGCUGACUGUGCUGGAUCUGUCUGAAAAGAUCGCCCUACUGUACAGCAUCACUCCUCAGCAGAUCACACACAUCUACAGACAAAAACCCACUGGGAUCCACGUCUUAGUCUCUGAUGAGAUGGUGCAGAACUUCAGGGAGGAGAUGAGCUUCACCAUCAGCACUAUCAGAGAUGAAAACACUGACGGUUUACACGUGGUGUUGAAAUGACCUUCACAUGCUCCAGAGGGUGUUUCGUCAGUGCUGGUGUACAGAUUGUAUAUAAAUCCAUCUAGACUAAAAACAUGUGACAUUCACAGUACAGAAAAAUGCUGUUAAGCUCAGUGUACUGUUGGUGUCCCUGUGUUUGUUUAGUGUUCCUUUUGUGUUUUUGUCAGCUUUUCUGAUAUCUGUUUAAUGUGCCUUGUAAUUAGUAGUGUUUCUCAUGCACGUGUGCUUACAACGUCUGUAAAUGCAAGCUUUCAUGAUAAUAAAAGUCACACAUCAUCAUCA